AUGGCCAGGGACUCCAUGGAUUUUGUGGCCAGUCUUCGCCAUGCGAUCAAGGGGCCCCAUGCAGCCAUACAUCGACUAAACCUCUCUCGUAUCGCCUUGUGUUUACCGCCGCAGACAUACAGUCCGUCACUCUACACGCUGGGAAUCUCUCGCUAUGCGGAACUGUACUAUGGCAUUGAAGAGGCCUGGCUGUCGAUCACUGGUGAUCCGGGGGAUUGGAUCUGUGAAUCCGACAAUAUAAUUCAAAAUCUGCAAAGUAUUCAAGAUGGAAAGCGCAUCCAAGCCCUCUUGCGUCUCCUAUAUAUUCCAGGACUACUCCGGACAAAGGCUCUCGAGGCGGAUCUGUGUCGUUUACAAUCUCUCAGUGGCGUCCAGACUGCGCCCGUCGAGGAGCCGAAUCUGGGCAGCGAAAUGCGCAAAGACGUUUACCAACGCAGUUUGAUGAGUCCACAUAUUCUUGUGGCUCACAUAUGGAUCAUGUAUUCGGCCAUUCUGUAUGGUGGAAGUGAAAUUUGCGCUCAGCUUCGCAAGGCUGGUCCGGCAUUUUGGGGCUUAUCAGCGGCAGAGCUCUCGUCUCGACAAGCACCAUGUCCACUAUCCUUUUGGCAUUUCGAUGACCCUGCCACCACAAAGGUCCAAUUACGUGCCCGGGUGGCUGAGAUCGAGUGCUUUCUAACUCCUCAAGAACAACAGGAUGUCCUGAGUGAAGCCAAGGAAAUAUUCCGCCAGCUUGAAACAUUAACUUUGCAUCUAGAUAAGAACGCGAAUCAUGUCCCUGAAUAG